AUGCCAUCUCAGACAGUGAGGGUUCGAGAUCCACUAGUACGGAGUGUUAUCACAGCUGACCUACUUGAGGAACAUCUGAAUCUGUUCUAUCUUCAUAACGAUGUUGCUGCCAUAAUGAAUCCUGCCUUGACCUCUUGCCUAGGCAUAGAGACCCUGACAUCUGACCAUUUGUUCCAGCUAGGACAAGCCCUUAUACUGAACAAGGGGACACAUUGUAGCAAAGAGGAAGACAUAAUCCUGAUUUCAAAGUGGAUGGCAUGUUUAUAUCGUAGCUUGGAUGAAUUUCACCACGACGAUACGAUACUGACAACACUUAAAUCACAUCGUAUGUUUCCUCUCUCUGAUGGAGAACUUGUCUUGCUGCAAGACAAAACAGUGUUCUAUCCAGUAAAAAUAUCCAGUGCUGACAGACACAACAAAAAAGAUCCAUUAUGUUAUUUACAACAAGAUGUGAAAAGCAUACACCCCUUAUUGCUGGACACAGGUGAUGAUGAAGUAAACAGUCAGGUUCAUAAACUCUUACAGAGACUAGGAAUCAAACAGUUAUCUCCCUUUGAUGUGAUAAAUCAUCAUAUAUUACCAGUUCUUAAGUCUGACUUGUGGAAGUCAAAACAGCCAGAAACACUGGUAUCCUAUUUAGUGUAUGUAAAAGGUCAAACAGAAAAACAGGUGUCUGUUUGCAACUUUGAUGAGUUCAAGGAUGUUGCUGUGGUAAUGACAAACAAGGGCUUUAAAAAUCCAAGCUUGGAACCAGUGCAUUUCCCUCCACAAUAUGGGAACCAAAUCCAUCUGAAAGAAAUCUUCAGUGGUUAUGACUGGACGCUCAUUGAUCCUUGCUACCUUCCUAACCCAUGUACUCAGUCUGUGGUCAUUAGUUGGCAAAAUUUCUUGAGGAAGCUUGGGGUUGAGAAUUUUCUCUCAUUCAGAAAGAGAGACAUACACAUUAAAAGAGAUGAACUGGAACAGUCAUUAUGGAAAAGUCAGAGUGUCUUAUGGCCAAAAGAAGAGCACGAGUUUAUUGUACAAGAUUAUUACAGUGCUGAGGUAGAAGGCCUUAUAAAGAACAACCGUUAUGGAAGUGAUCUUCUAUUUGCUGACCAAAUGAGGUACUUGUUCACGUAUUUAGACCGCCACUGGGAUAGUCAGUUUUCGAAAUAUUGUAAGGUACAAGUUUUAGAUAAAGAUGGAAACAAGUUGAAAGAAACUGACUCCUCCUUCAGCAUUUUGUUGCGUACUUCUGAUUGGUUGCCGGCUGUGGAAACCAUGACAACACAAGAUGUAACAGGCUUCUUGAAGCGUGAGAAGCAGAUUGUGAUGAAACAACCUUCUGGUUUAUACAUUGAAUCUGAUGUUGUACAGAGUCUUCUGUUUGACAAAGUUCUUUAUUUGAAUGCUAAAACCAUCGGAGGAUCAUUCUGUCAGCUUCUUGGCAUCAGAAGUUCUGUUGAAGUGAAAACAGUAAAAGAUUUGUUGUUGCUGUGGAGUGAAAGAAAGGAUGAAGAUUCACCGGCUGUGUUUUGUACAACACUUGAACACAUGAAAAAUGUCUACCGAUAUCUAAGUGCCCAAUUAACACGACAGGAAUUUCAGAAUUUGUUACAAGAGAAACCAGUGUUCUUUGUACCAGAUAAAAAUGCUGCGAAUGUUGCAAGAGGUAUAGUGGUACCUGGGAAAAUGCUAAACAAAAAUGAAAUUUGGUUGGUUGAUAGGACAGGACUAUUUGCUAAGCACAGACGGGUUCUUGAAGAAUUCCACUCGGAGAUUUGUAACAAAACGACCAUAGCUGAGUUUUACAAUGACAGCCCAGAUCUCAUCGAAGUCUUCAAAGUAGAGGCGAAAUUGGAUGUGCAGCCAAAGCUUGAUGAGUAUAUAAAACUGCUGAGCCUCCUUUGCGGUACAAGUUCACCAAAGGAAACAGAUGUUUUAAAUGAUGUACUAUAUAUCUUCUCUACAAUUGGUGAAAUGUUGGUUACUCCCCCAGUCGGUAUACCAGGUGGACAGGCAGGCAAUAAUGCCCUUGACACACUUAAAAUGUUUGUAAAGAGAAAGCUGAAAAAACAAAAGGUGUUUCCAACAAACAAACAGGUUUGGGUGAGUCUAGAAGACCAACCAAUGAUCCCUGACAAUCGGGAAUGGGAGAAAAUGUUUAUUGAUAAACAGGGUGUUCACUUUCUGGAUAUGGAAGAUAAGAUAAACAGAACAUCACGGACAGGUAGAGGUGGUAUAGUGCAGCGAGGACAUAGGAAUAAAGUUGCAGACUGUCAUAUACAACCGGAAAUGAUAAAUGUUGUGGUUGAAGUAUGCAGUAUCAAGAAAUUAAGUGAAUGUGUGGAUAUUAGACCAACUCCAGAAAUGAUAUCACCUUGUCCACAAAUGCAGAUGUAUUUCAGCCAAAUAGUUCCAGUUCUUCAGCAGUAUUUAAUUGCAAAGUUUGAUGAAGUUUACCAAAGUUUGGAACAGACUAACGUCAGAAAAAUAUUGGCAGAUGGAAAGUUUUACCAGACGGGCCAUCUAGAAGUGAGCUACUGGUUACCAAACUUGUCAAAUGACACAUUUGUUAUCCAGCAAGAGAAAUGUAUAAUACAUCUUCCAGAAUUCUACUUCCACCGGGAACAUCUGACUAACUUCAAAGAGAUUGUAAGGGAAAUUGCGAGAUACUUCAGUAGGGGAAAUGCAGAUUGUAACAAUUUACUCAGGUCUUUCUUGUCUGAGCUGUCUGAUAUAAUAUCUGGAGUAUCAGAGGAGCCAGUAGAAGGCCUCCUUCAGAGAUAUGAUGCUGAUGACAUUGAUAUUCUUGAGGAAGAGAAAUGGAAUGUGGAAGCUCCUGUUUUACCAGAAGAAGACAAGCUGGAAGAAAAGGAAGCAGAUAACCUAACUGACGCAGAAAGUACACCAGAGAAGGCAGGUCAAGAGGAAGGACCAUUUGAAAUAAGGGCUUGGCCUCCAGUAGCUAAUCCCAACAGGACCCAGUCUAGAGCAGCAUCUGAGAUGACGGCAUCCAAUAUAUGGCCUCCACCUCAAGGGAAGGAAUAUAUGAAGUCAGUUAAGGAUCUUCCGGCUAACAUCAGAAUGGUAACCCCAGAACAUGAUUCUGAUGGCAAAAUGCUGAAACUUGGAGCUGGAGAUAAUGUAGAUAGUACUGAUGUUAUUGCAGCUACUGUACCAGUACCAGGACAAAUAGACCUCGGCCAAAACUUUGGAAUGUUCUCGGUCCAGGUUGGAUCUGGAGACAAUGCUCUACAAAGUGGACAAAUUGCACCAGUGUCUGCAGGUGGACUGUGCAAGGACGAUAGUGGACAAGCCAAUAGAUCUGGUGAAAUCCGAAACUUUGAAGCACAGUCAAAUCAAGCUGUGACUCGCCCAACAGCAGAAAUAGGCCAUGCCACUAACAGCCAAGACACCAAAACAGAUCUUUCAAAUGCAAAAAAUCAAAUAAGAGAAAGUGCAGUUUCUGGUACAGAGGAUCAACAUAGUUUAGUUAACGGUCUAGAAGAGCGGCCACACAUCAGUGCAAGUACAAAUUUAUUUGCUGUAUGA